CCCUUCCACUUCCUCCCUCCCUGCAACCUGCCUCUUCACUGCAGCACAAGGGCUGAUACCCAGAUUUGCCCGUUCCUCCCUGCUGUUUGCCUCGGCCUGGCUUCCCUUUGUCCACGGUCCCAGAGACAUGCAAGCCAUCAAGUGUGUCGUGGUGGGAGAUGGAGCUGUGGGGAAAACCUGCCUCCUUAUCAGCUACACCACCAAUGCCUUUCCAGGAGAAUACAUCCCCACUGUGUUUGAUAAUUACUCUGCCAAUGUGAUGGUUGACAGCAAGCCUGUAAAUCUGGGGCUAUGGGAUACUGCUGGACAAGAAGAUUAUGACAGGCUGAGGCCACUCUCUUACCCGCAGACGGACGUCUUCCUGAUCUGCUUCUCCCUUGUCAGCCCAGCAUCUUAUGAAAACGUUCGUGCUAAGUGGUUCCCCGAGGUACGGCACCACUGCCCUAGCACUCCCAUCAUCCUUGUGGGCACAAAGCUGGAUCUUCGUGAUGACAAGGACACCAUUGAGAAGCUGAAGGAGAAGAAGCUGUCCCCAAUUACAUAUCCUCAGGGCCUUGCUCUGGCCAAGGAAAUCGACUCUGUGAAAUACCUGGAAUGCUCAGCGUUGACGCAGCGUGGCCUCAAGACGGUGUUUGACGAGGCCAUCCGAGCAGUCCUCUGUCCACAGCCCACCCGGACAAAGAAACGUGUAUGCAGCCUCCUCUAAACCAGCCCUGCGCACCUCAGAGGGGUUUUUGUGUUGCUGUUCAUUGUCAGGCAUCGGCUUCUCCCCCAGGACUCCUUUACUCCUCAUAUUGUCCCCACCUGCCCUUCCACUUCAACUCAAGGCUGCAGAGGGAGGAGAGAGGCUUCAGGAUGAGAUGCAAAGCUGGCCAAAGCCUGAGGAGGGAGAAGAAUGAGAGCUUUCUAGCUGGGACCCUGCCUCUUCAUUCUCUCACCACCACCAGCGCAGAGGGAGGGAAGGAGGGCAGGAAAAUAGCUGACCUGGUUUCAUGAGU